GGGGAGGGAAGAGAGGGUGUCCCGUCUGCUCGGAGCACAGACAGACAGCAGGGAGCAGCUGCGGCAUUAGGCUCGCCUAGGAUUUCACUGCAUUGCGAUUUAAAAUAUCAGUCGUUUCAACCCCAAAACCCAAGUAGGGCAGCUCGAGCAAGCAACCACAUAUCAUUUAAAAAUGGUCGAUCGUGAGCAGCUGGUGCAGAAAGCCAGGCUGGCUGAACAGGCUGAGAGAUAUGAUGAUAUGGCAGCGGCUAUGAAAUCGGUAACAGAGCUGAAUGAAGCCCUGUCCAAUGAGGAGAGGAACCUCUUGUCUGUGGCCUAUAAGAACGUAGUCGGGGCGCGUCGCUCCUCCUGGAGGGUGAUUUCGAGCAUUGAGCAGAAGACCUCUGCCGAUGGCAAUGAGAAAAAGAUAGAGAUGGUCCGGGCCUACCGGGAGAAGAUUGAGAAGGAGCUGGAGGCCGUGUGCCAGGAUGUUCUCAACCUCCUGGACAACUUCCUGAUCAAGAACUGCAGUGACGCGCAGCACGAGAGCAAGGUGUUCUACCUGAAGAUGAAGGGCGACUACUACCGGUACCUGGCCGAGGUGGCCACAGGCGAGAAGAGGGCCACCGUGGUGGAGUCAUCAGAGAAGGCGUACAACGAGGCCCACGAGAUCAGCAAGGAGCACAUGCAGCCCACCCACCCCAUCCGCCUGGGCUUAGCUCUCAACUACUCAGUGUUUUACUACGAGAUCCAGAACGCCCCAGAGCAGGCCUGUCAUCUGGCCAAGACCGCCUUCGACGACGCCAUCGCUGAGCUGGACACCCUCAACGAGGACUCCUACAAAGACUCCACUCUCAUCAUGCAGCUGCUCCGAGACAACUUGACACUGUGGACAAGUGACCAGCAGGAUGACGAGGGAGGGGAGGGCAACAAUUAAAGAGAAUCCACACUUUGAAAAAAAUCCGAAGGGCCGGUGGACUUUGGCAGCCGCUUUUGCCGAUGAUACUACCGCAGCAGCAGUUCUUUAUUUUUCCAUGUGUUAAAAGAAUCAAAGAAUCAAAAGAGAGGUGAGAUUGGAGGUUAAAUCUUAGUUUAAAUAUAUAGAAAUAUAUAUACAGUUGAAAGGGGCCUCCGUCUUCUUGAUUUUCUCUUUGACAUUUGCCAAAACCACUGAUAUGUCAGUCAGUCAGCCUGAAGUGGUUGUUGUUGGAUUGAAAUGGCAGCCUCACACUGGCAUAGGAACUGAUCUGUCAAGAUAAGCUGCUUUGUUAGGUUUUUGCGCGAUAGAGAUGCAUUUGAUUCACUUGAGAGAGAAAAUGCUUGAAUGGAACGCCUCACACAACUAGUUUGUAUUGGUUCCAGUCGUAGUGUCUGUAUCUGAGAAUGGGCCCUGAAAGCAAUUGAUGUUAAACUCACACUAACAACGAGAAAAGAUGCAGUUUUAAACCAAUUAAGUCCCCCGAUUUGUAAAGGGCAAAUUACACAGGAGAUAUGAAAAUGAGAAAAAAAUGAGACGCGGGAAAAUGUGGACUGGAUAGACAAAAUUUCUUCCCCUGGUUCUGUCUAAAGCGUAUUUGGUAUCUCACAGAUUAGCUGGUUUUGUCACUGGAACCAUAGAUUCUUUUGGAGAUGAAGAUUAUUAAAGGCAGAGACUUAAUGAUAUAAAACAAAAAGACAAAAAAGACAAAAAAAAUAAAAGCAGCUUCAGAGUUUGUGGUUUACUUCUGUGUUUGUUUUAUUAAAUGCACUUGCCUACUAUACUGUUUCUUCAGUGUAAGAUGAUGACAACAAUAAUAUCAAUUAUUCAAUAUUGUGCAUGCUGGUGAUGUAUUUAUAUACAGUAGCUUGACUUGAUUAACUUAUACUGUGGGUGUUAAGUAUUCAUAUGACUGAGAAAAACAGGCUUUGUCUGAUGUUGAUUUCUAAUUUAUUUUGUUUUGUUAUGGUUUUUGAUUUGCUAUACCAAAAUGGUGAUCGUAAAAACUGACCUGUAAUGGGCGUUGCUAUAGUGACAUGCAAUAUGUGUAUUUAAUUUGUUAAUGAAAGAAAAAAAAGGGAAGCUAAAAGCCCACCAGUGAUCACUUAAUCUUGCCAACUGGUGUUUGUCACAUUGAAGUAUGAUUAUGAUAUAUUUUGUUCUUUGAACAGUAUUUAAGUACUUUUUUUCUGCCAUGCUAUCCGGUUUUAAUAAUGGUGAAGUUUUCAGGCUCAGUGUUUCUGUUAUAAACUCACAUACAUGGACCAUAUUUUAUUUCUAACAGUAUACCUUUUUUGUUUAUUCAUUUUUAUACCUUUUAGCUGUUCCUGAGUGACAAAAUAUCUUGAAUGUGAGUCAUUAUGUAGCAGUUGCACAAGAACCGAAAUAAUAGCUAUGAUAAUAAAAAAAAAAUGGCUAAAUUAUACAUUCACCAUUUCUGUGGUGGUCUAGUGUAUUGUUGUAUCAUCACCCACAAGAAAAUUAGUUUUGAGGAAAAUCACUUCAUAGAAAAAAAGUUUUGUUUUCUGCCCUGAGAACAGUACAUGCUUCCUUUUUGUGCUUGUAUCAUUAUUUAAUGUGCCUCAUUUGCAAGUUAAACUUUGUAGAAAAAAUCUGCCAGUAUUUUAAGUUUCUGCAGGCAUGUGCGUGAAAUCAAAUAUUUUCCCUUCAAUGGUUCCUCAUUUGUAUGUGUCUGCUCUCUGUACAGCACAUAGAUAAGAUUAUUCAACACCAAUGCACAAAUAACAGUCACAGGGAAAUCAUAGGCAAUUCAGGAAAGUUGGUUAUUAAGUGGCAAAGUGUGAGAAUUCACAUCUUCAGAACAAACCUUAGACAUGAGCAAGUUGCUGAAUGGAUUUAUCAUAAUGCUGCUAGUUCUAUAGAAUAUGACAUUAAUAUAUUCAUACAGGUGGCAAUUUAUUUUUCCUAAUAGGUGGCACAUUUUGGGGACUAAAUUUUUUUAUUUCAGAUGUGAUGGCUUAAGAGAGAAACCAAAAGCCUUAAGGUCAGUUGCACAACUUCAUCCACGUAUGCCAAUUAUCUCACCAUCAUGAGUCAGCUGCCAUGAGCUCGCACUGUUUGUCCCAGAUGCUUUGAUUUAUUUUUAACGUACUUUAAAGUUGAUGGCUCACCAUAAAAAUGGCAUGAAAACCUAACGCCAGUCUGCUCACAGCUUCUCAAUGAUAGGAUGGAGUCCGAUUCUAUGCUCUAACUUUUAAGCUAUGCUAACAAUUAGAAACUGAAAUGCUCUCUCAACCAUGUCAGCAGACUUCCAGUCAUUUCCAAGAAUACAUGUUCUGUUCCUUUUUAUUUAAUUUUUGGCUUCCCCCCCCCUGUGGUUUAUUUUAUCAUUAUUUUGUAUGUUGAUCCUUGUUUCUGUGACAUGAAAAUGUAGAUCUGAGGAGAAAAGAAAUAGAUUUAAAUUCUGAAUCUGAAUAAGCAAGAGCUGACCUAAUGGGAAUUAGCAAGAGAGAGGGUGAUAGCUGAAAAUGGGAUACAAACUGUAUGCUCGGAUGAAUUUCAGGUUGCCAUUUGUUGCCCAUUAAAGUUAUUUAUCUGUA